AUGGCCAUACUUGCCCCACACAAUGGCACUGAGGCAACUGAGUUCAUCCUCCUGGGACUGACCAGCCAACAAGAGCUGCAGCCCAUCCUUUUUGUGUUUCUCCUGAUUUACCUCAUCACACUGACAGAGAACUUUGGAUUGAUUGCAUUAAUCAGACUCACUCCCCGGCUGCAAACACCCAUGUACUUUCUCCUCACCCACUUAGCAUGCGUGGAUAUUUUUUAUUCUACUAAUCUCUCUCCUCAGAUGCUUGUUAAUUUCCUCUCUGAGAAGAAAACCAUUUCCUACAUGGGGUGUCUGGCCCAGUGUUUUGUUUUUGUGACUGUUCUUACUGAGUAUUACAUGCUCAGUGCCAUGGCCUAUGACAGGUACAUGGCUAUCUGCCAUCCCCUGCACUAUAACAGCAGAAUGUCCAGGUCACUUUGCACCUGCCUUGUCACUUUUCCCUAUCUCUGGGGUGCUACGGUGGGCACAAUGCAGGUAAUAUUGACCUCUCACUUGUCCUUUUGCAGACCCAACAGCAUCAGCCAUUUCUACUGUGCUGACCCACCCCUCCUCAUGUUGACAUGUUCUGACACUUACAUAAAGGAGACUGCCCUGUUUGUGUCUGCAGGGACUAAACUCACUGGUUCCCUACUCAUCAACCUCAUCUCCUAUAUUUUCAUUUUCAUCACCAUUAUGAGGAUCCAUUCCAGCGAAGGGCAGUGCAAAGCCUUCUCCACCGGUGGCUCUCACCUGACCACUGUCACCAUGUUCUAUGGGUCCCUAUUCUGCACGUGUCUGAGACCAGCAAACGAGCAGUCUGUUGAACAAGGGAAAAUUGUGGCCAUGGUUUGUAUCUUUGUGAAUGCCAUGUUGAAUCCAUUUAUCUACAGCUUGAGGAACAAAGAUGCGAAACAGGCUUUGAGAGCAGUGUUUAUGAGAAACCUUGGUACAAUGGAGAAAAAGUCUAUUUUGACAGUCUCCCAAUGA